CAUAGAUGACGGAUAAUAAAAAAAAACUCACAUGUUAUUCGAAAUUUUUUUGAAUUUCGAAAAUUUUUUUGUUUAUUUGGGUUUACUUUUCUAUUUUUUUCAUUUGUAUAAUGGCUGGAAGUAGAGUGGAAAAACUUUCAACCAUAUUCAAAAGAUAUACUGGUCUAAUAAAAUCCGGUGCUGUUUUGGAAGAAAAUCGUCCAAUUUGGUAUGAUAUUUAUAAACAUUUUCCACCAUCAAUUGAACCAUUAGCCAUUCGACCCGAACCAGAAAUCGAUAUCAAACCAAUUUUCUAUCCAGAAGAUAUUCUACGAUCUCGAUUCUUUCGAACAUAUGGUGAUUCAAUAAUGAUACAUGAUUUUAUAUCAUCAAAACCAUCUGAUUUAAAAACAUCCAGAAUCGGUAUUGGUGAAAUGUUUAUUGCAAAAUAUUUACAAUUAGCACAAUCAAAAGGUUUGGAUGAAAUUGAUCUAAAUAGUCAAGAAUUAUUCGAUGAAACGGAAAAAUCUAUUCAAACUGAUUGUGGUGUACAAUUAAAACGUCGUAAAGAUUAUGAUCAAGGGAAUCGUACAAUCAUAUCAACAACAUCAUCGUCAUAGAAUAUAGUUUCUUUUUUUUUGUAUUAAAAAUGAUAAAUAAUAAAUAAUAAAAUAAAGAAAAACAAACAUAA